UCACUUCAAACCAGCUUUGCAAACUAAAAGAAAAUCCAAAAAAAUGUCGAAGCACCUUCUCUCACCAUUACCACUCCUCCUGAUCUUCCUCUGCACCCCCACAGUUUUUGCUCAGUCUCCAGCCCCCGCUCCAGCUGCUCAGCCUCCGCCACAAUCACCAACUGCUCAGCCUCCAGCACCAUCUCCGCUUGCUCAGACUUUGGUACCAGCUCCAGCAAAACGAUCAGGUCCAACCAACAUCACUGCAAUCCUUGAAAAGGCCGGUCACUUUGUUACAUUGAUUCGGCUACUAAAGAGCACCCAAUUGGACAUCGAAAUUUACAAAAAGCUCAAUGACUCAAAACAAAGCCUAACCGUGUUUGCCCCAACUGACAAUGCCUUUGGAAGCCUCAAAACAGGUGCUCUAAACUCAUACAAUGAUCAGCAAAAGUUCCAGCUGGUAAAAUUCCAUUUCAUCUCUUCUUUUCUUUCCGUCCCUGCAUUCCAAACUGUGAGCAAUCCAGUGAGCACAGAGGCUGGUAGUAACAGACUCUACCCACUAAAUAUAACCACGGCAGGUAAUCAAGUGAACAUAUCAACUGGGAUUGUUAACACAACAGUAACUGGCACAGUUUAUACUGAUAACCAGCUAGCAAUAUAUCAGGUGGACCAAGUGCUCCUUCCAUUGUCCUUUUUUGUAACUCCAUCUCCAUCACUAGCUCCGGCACCAUCAUUAAAGCCCGAGAAAGAAGCUCCGGCUCCAACGGGUUCAGGGUCCAGCACUGCUGAAGUUGCCACUAAAUCUUCUGGUGCAAUGCGUGUGAUUCACCAUCCACUCAAUGCAAUGUCCUUUGCAGGUUUUCUUUUUGCAGCAUUGUCUUUAUGUAUUUGAGUUGUGAGACUUGAGAUCUGGUUGAUGUUGAUUGUGUUGUGUGUACCGGUGAUGUUUAUGUUUUCACUUGAAUCAAAUACUUCCUUUUGAGUAAA